CAGAGGCUGCUGCUGUGCGGACACCCUGGGUGAAGCCACCGUCACCAUGUCUGACCAGGAGGCAAAACCUUCAACUGAGGACUUGGGGGAUAAGAAGGAAGGAGAAUACAUUAAACUCAAAGUCAUUGGACAGGAUAGCAGUGAGAUUCACUUCAAAGUGAAAAUGACAACACAUCUCAAGAAACUCAAAGAAUCAUACUGUCAAAGACAGGGAGUUCCAAUGAAUUCACCCAGGUUUCUCUUUGAAGGUCAGAGAAUUGCUGAUAAUCACACUCCAAAAGAACUGGGAAUGGAGGAAGAAGAUGUGAUUGAAGUUUAUCAGGAACAAAUGGGGUCAUUCAACGAUUUAGAUAUUCUUUUUAUUUUUUUUCUUUACCCUCAAUCCUGUUUUAUUUUUAAAAAUAAUUAUUUUGUAAUAUGGUGUUCAAAACAGAAAUGCAAACUGGCACCCCAUCUCUAAAACAUCUGGUAAUUUGAAUUCUAGUGCCCAUUAUUCAUUAUCACUUGUUUUCAUUGUGCUGGUUUUUGAUGAUCAAACCUCAACCCACUUCAUAUUGC